UCCGGAAGCAACAUGGCAGACAACGACGUGUGGCAGCUUAUAAACAAUGAUGAUCUGUUCAAACAAUUUCUUAAUGAGAACUUUGAUGUCAAAGAACAUGCCAAUAAAGUUAUUCAAGGCAUGGCUAUUUCACAGCAACUUGGCAAGCUCGCUGAAGGCAUUUCACUCCUUGAUAAAGAGAUUCAUUCUCAGAUAGUUGAUCAUCAUGAAGAUCUCCUCUCUCAGGCAACUAGUGUUGAAACUUUGGAAGGUGUACUUCAGAUGAUGCAGACUAGAACACAGUCACUGCUGUCAGCAAUGGACAGAAUCAGAGCAAAGGUCUCAGAACCAUAUACAAAGAUUUUGGCAAGAACAACACAACUCAGACAUCUACAUGAAACAUGUGAUCUGUUGCGAAGAAUAAUUCGCAUUAUGUAUCUUACAAAACGUUUGCGAACUCAGCUACAAGGAGGUGCAAGGGAGAUCACCAAAGCUGCCCAGAGCCUGAACGAGUUAGACUAUGUUUGUGAGGGAGUGGACCUUGGAGUGGAGGUGAUUGAGACAGACCGUCGUUUUAUAAAACAAGCCCGCAAAGAUAUAGAGAUGCAAGCACAGAAGAUGCUAGAACAGGGCAUGGAAACACAGAACCAGACACAGGUAGCCACCUCUCUACAAGUGUUUCAUAAUCUGGGUGUUCUUGCCACUGUUGUGGAGCGAGUUGUGGAGAGCUGCUAUAAAAAUUUGCACCGUAGCAUCCGCAGCUGCAUGGAUGUGACAGCCUUGACCCAGCAGCAGUCUCUGGGUACUUCAAAAGGAGGUCCAGGAAGAGCAGCUAUGCCUGUUCCUGGUAAUACAGCAGCUUUAAGGGCAAGUUUGUGGACAAACAUGGAAAAACUAAUGGACAGCAUUUAUUCUGCUUGUGCUCAGAUUCAACAUCUGCAGAAAGUUUUAGUCAAGAAACGAGAUCCUGUGACCCACGUCUGCUUUAUUGAUGAGCUGACAAAGCAUUGUCCAGGGAACCUAAAUAUUACUCAAACAUUCUGGGAUGUCACAAAGAUGUUAACCCAGGAAUUCCGAGAUGCUUCAGAAUCAUCUUCGUUUUUGAAGCAGGCAUUUGAAGGAGAGUAUCCAAAACUGCUUCGCCUGUAUAGUGACCUGUGGCGCCGCCUUCAGCAAUUUUCUCUCACAGUCAAUGUCACGGCAAGUUCUGGUGCCUCAGAUCUGCUGUCUCUGGAGGAUACCACAAAAGAAGAGGACAUCUUUAUACCUAGUGACAAGACAAAUCAUGCUUAUGAUUCAGAGAAGGCACUACGUGACACACUUGGUGACUUUGAGAAUGCAUACUUGUCCCGCUCUCUUUCACGACUAUUUGAUCCCAUUAAUUUGGUGUACACUUCGAAUACCUGUGAUCCACCCACAUCAGAGGAAGUGGAGACUAUCAUAAAGACUAUAUCUAGUGAACUUCAUGUUGCCAGCGUAGACACCAAACUUAGCGUCACCAUUGCCAAAAAUGUUUCUAAGACUAUCCAGCUCCUCUGUGUCAAAAGCGAGCAGCUGCUGUGUACUGAUAGUGAAGCUAGCCAAGUGAUUGGUCCCCCAACACAAGGACAGCUUCGAAAUGCAGCCACAGUCAAUGUUUUGUUCCAGUUCCACCAGGCAAUUUUGAAGCUUGUUACAGGCUUGAACAGUACUCCAGAUGAAGCCAAAGAAUGUGUGAUGGCAUCCCUCGAGCAAGUUGUGCAACUGAUGGGAACAGCUAUUACACUGCUUUUGUCUUCCAUCAACGAUGCUCUGGAGGCCAUCAUUCUUACUAUGCACCAGGAGGACUUCUCCAGCCCUGCUCCCACUGGCAACCAAGCUGAUGCUCCAUGCUCCUUGUUCAUGAAGGAAUUACAGGGCUUUGUCUCCCGCUGCCAGACAGACUAUCUUUCACAUUUCUUGUGUCAGGACUUCAUCAUGGACAACAUACAGCCUGUGGCAAGGAGGUGUGUUGAGCUAUUUGUGCGACAUGCCAGCUUGAUAAGACCUCUUGGCGAGGGUGGCAAGCUGCGCCUAGCUGCAGAUUUUGCACAGAUGGAAAUGGCCAUUUCCCCUUUCUGCCGUCGUGUUGCAGACCUGGGGCGUGACUAUCGUAUACUGCGUGCCUUCAGGCCUCUCCUCUUUCAAACGGUAGAGCAUGUCGCACAAAGUCCUGCCCUUGGAGAGAUCAUUCCUUACAGCACUGUGUUGCAUUUUCUGUUUGCCAGAGCUCCAGCUGAGCUUAGGUCACCUCAUCAGGUAUCUGACUGGUCAGUCAGUAGAUACUCCCAGUGGCUCGAUAAUCAUCCAAAUGAGGUGGAUCGCCUCAAGCUAAUCAAAGGCGCUCUGGAAGCCUAUGCCAAAGUUGUUCGACAAAAACAAGGCAAGGAAUAUGCUGCUGUCUACCCGAUCAUGCUUGAUUUGUUACAAAAAGGACUGCAGUGAAAUUAGCCUGCCUUGUUUUUGAACUUAUAAAAAAGCAUUGGAUGGUGAAAUUAGCACUACAGCCCACGGGCUUCAUCCGACCCACUCAUUUUAACCAGACACAAACAUAAAUUCAUUUUUAACGUCGUGAUGAUUCUAAUAAAACAGCCAUGUUCCGGCCCGCAAGAUUUUUUUAUAUGUCCAGUCCAGCCCUCAGGUGAGAAAAGGUUGGGCACCUCUGAACUAGCGUGACCAAUAUUACUGUUCCUUAUCUGUCACUAUGUGGGUUGCUUUCAUGUUCAUUACAUGCUAUAUGGCAGUUUCUUAGUUUAUGGGUAUGCUCCAGCAGUUGCAUUUUUAAAAGGGUUAAUCAUCUCCACAUGACAUGGAAUGGCUGUUAGUGGGAAUUCUGUUGGGGAUAUUUUUGUUGGCUGUGAAUAAACUGGUGAAUAGUUGAAUGAAUGGAUGAUGAGAAAAAUGUAAGAGUAUAUAAGUCUGUAAAUACUGUGACAAACCACUUCUGUUUUAAGUAAUUUUAUUAUUUGGGCAUGGGAAGAAUUAUUUCAUUAAGUGUAUUCAUCUGUUUUGGCUUGAAUUUCUAAUUAUUACAGUACAGAAGUUAACAAGUUUA